AUGAACAGCGUGGGGGAGGCUUGCGCCGACAUGAAGCGUGAGUACGACCAGUGCUUCAGUCGCUGGUUUGCCGAGAAAUUCCUCAAGGCAGACUGCUCCGGGGACCCGUGCACCGACCUCUUCAAGCGCUACCAGCAGGGUGUUCAGAAAGCAAUAAAGGAGAAGGAGAUUCCUAUUGAAGGACUGGAGUUCAUGGGCCAUGGCAAAGAAAAGCCUGAAUGAAAGCUCUUCUUGACCUUGACAGUCACCUUGAAAAUGGACUCCUCAAAUCAGGAAAUUGAGGACUCUGGAUCGUGUCAGUUAAAGCUGUGAAGAUAGCAUCGAUUUGAUGAAUUUAGGAGAGAGGAGUUUCCUGUCCUCCUUCUUGAUAUUUUUCUCAUUUGUAAAAGAUGAUGAAAAAAUCACUCUGCUUUGAAAUUUCUGGCUUUGGCAUCAGCAGAAAC